GUGGUCAGCAGCAUGGCCGCCCGGCUCGGGGUGAGGAAAUGGGGGGCAGUGCCGGCAGCUGCUUGCCGGAACCCUCUGGCCUCCUCCCGGCGGUGGUCACGGGCCUCAGCAGACAGCGUGUACGACGUGGUGGUGUCCGGCGGAGGCCUGGUGGGAGCUGCCAUGGCCUGUGCCUUGGGAUAUGAUCUUCACUUUCAUGACAAGAAAAUCCUCUUGCUAGAAGCAGGUCCAAAGAAAGAACUGGAGAAAUUGCCAGAAACUUACAGUAACAGGGUCAGCACCAUUUCCCUUGGCUCUGCAACACUUCUGAAUAGUUUUGGUGCCUGGGACCACAUCUGCAGCAUGAGAUACCGACCUUUCCGGCGAAUGCAGGUGUGGGAUGCCUGCUCAGAGGCCUUGAUAAUGUUCGAUAAGGAUAACUUAGAUGACAUGGGCUAUGUAGUGGAGAAUGACGUCAUCAUGCAUGCGCUCACUAAGCAGCUGGACGCUGUGUCAGACCGAGUGACAGUUCUCUACAGGAGCAAAGCUGUUGGCUAUGCCUGGCCUGGUCCAUUUUCCAUGGCAGACUCCAGCCCUUGGGUCCAUAUUACCCUAGGUGAUGGCAGCACCCUCCAGACCAAAUUGUUGAUUGGUGCUGAUGGUCACAACUCAGGCGUUCGGCAGGCUGCAGGCAUCCAGAACGUUAGCUGGAACUAUGACCAGUCGGCUGUCGUGGCUACCCUGCAUUUAUCAGAGGCCACAGAAAACAAUGUAGCCUGGCAGCGAUUUCUUCCCUCUGGUCCUAUCGCUCUGCUCCCGCUCUCGGACACCCUGAGUUCCUUGGUGUGGUCCACGUCCCAUGAUCAUGCAGCCGAGUUGGUCAGCAUGCACGAGGAGGAGUUCAUGGAUGCCAUUAACUCUGCCUUCUGGAGUGACACAAACCACACAGACUUCGUCGACUCAGCUGGCACCAUGCUACAGUAUGCUCUUGCCCUCCUGAAGCCCACUAAGGUCUCCGCUCGACAGUUACCCCCAAGUGUAGCCCGGGUGGAUGCCAAAAGCAGAGUACUCUUUCCUCUGGGGUUGGGGCAUGCUGCUGAGUACGUCCGGCCUCGGGUGGCGCUCAUUGGUGAUGCAGCCCACAGGGUCCAUCCUCUGGCAGGACAAGGUGUGAACAUGGGCUUUGGGGAUAUCUCCAGCUUGAUGCGUCAUCUCAGUGCUGCGGCCUUCAAUGGGAAAGACUUGGGCUCCAUGAGCCAUCUCACAGGUUACGAGACAGAGCGGCAGCGUCACAACACUGCUCUUUUGGCUGCUACGGACUUCCUAAAGAGGCUCUAUUCUACCCGCGCCACGCCACUGGUGCUGCUCAGGACCUGGGGCUUGCAGGCCACUAAUGCAGUGUCUCCCCUCAAAGAACAGAUUAUGGCCUUUGCCAGCAAGUGAGUGCUCCUCUUCAGAAUACUACCUUGAUGGAAAAAAGAACAUCCUGCUGUGUGGUCAUACUUCUGAGAUUUAAUAAAUUUAUACUACAAUUCUUGUUUCUACUUUUCU